AUGGCAACGCUUGCGCCUUCCAAACAGUUGGUGGUCCUGGCUCCACAGGACCAGCCUCACGUACCGAAGAAGGUGUACACCGAUUGUCGUCAUCGGAUCAACGACAAGAAGGAUGCCGAACGGCAUAGGUCCCCAAUCAGGGUUAAUGCCCGCCUGCGGGACUCGCGGAUGAAGGUCCUAGGAGAUAAAUCGCCCUUUAGGAAGGUCCAGGGUUUGGAUUCGGGGUUGGAAUCUGACGAUGAGUACGUCCCCACCAAGGGCACCGAAUCAAACUACCGUUCGGAAACUCCCCCGAGGUAUUCGAAGGCAAGACCACCAAGUCCGAGGAGAACUUCCGAAGACUUCAAUUCCGAGGAGGUCCCAAGCCGAGACCCCGCUAUCCGCCUGCUUUUCCAGAGAAUCCAGAAGAUGGAGGAUGACCGAACCCGGUCCCAGGACAGGGAGGUGCAGCCGUUGCGCAUACCAUUUUAUACCGGCGUGGAGGACCCUUUGACGCACCUUCACUCCUUCCAAUCGGCAGUUGGAUGCAAGGGCCUCAGCGACGAGGGGCAAUGCCUGCUGUUUCCAUCAUCCCUUACCGAAGCUGCUCUGAACUGGUUCUACCGUCUCGAGCCAGGGACGGUAGACUCCUUUGACGAACUGAAGCAGAUUUUCCUCAAUCACUUCAUGAUCCAGACGGACCGCUUGUACUCUGCCGAUGAUCUGUACACGAUUCGGCAGAGAGAAGACGAACCCCUACGGGAAUACGCAGCGCGCUUCAGUCACGAGUACUCGAGGUGUCCCGAAACGGACGAUAGGGCAGCCUACGGCGCCUUCAAGAGUGGCCUUCGGUCCUCUCACUUCCGGUACCUCGUGCACAGUAGUAACUGGCGCACAUAUGACGAGUUGAUGAAGCAGGCGGCAGUUCAUGCGAAAGCCGAAUAUUUCAACUCCAAACCCGGGCCUUCGGCUCGGAAGGAGGAGUCAGCAACCAAGAGUUAUCCGGGGCGAACUGACGAUUCUUCGGCAGGGCACAAACGGAAGGACGACCGUGAUAGGUCAGGGAAACUCAAAGAAAGGGCGUGGGAAAUACGGUCGUAA